CGGAUAUUUCAAACAACGGCGGCAGAGGACAUACUCACGAAAUGGAGACUCGCAUGCGUGCUGCCAAAUCAUGCUGCUUCUCUUGCAUUCUCCUGUGGCUCUCCUUAAUGUUCAAUUAUGCCAAUGCGAAAGUUCACUAUUAUGACUUCGUCAUUCAGGAAACGCCAGUGAAGAGGCUGUGCAAGACCCACACGAUCAUUACGGUGAAUGGCCAGUACCCUGGACCAACCCUGGAGGUCAGAGAUGGAGACACGCUCGUGAUCAACGCCGUGAACCGAGCCAAGUACAACAUCACGCUUCACUGGCACGGUGUCCAUCAGAACAGGACAGGAUGGGCUGAUGGGCCGGAGUAUUUGACUCAGUGUCCCAUAAUGCCCGGGGGGAGCUACACAUACCGGUUCACGAUCGAGAACCAAGUAGGGACACUGUGGUGGCAUGCUCACAGCUCCUGGCUCAGGGUCACCGUGCACGGAGCCCUCAUCAUCUAUCCCAAAGAGGGUUCCUACUAUCCCUUUCCUAAGCCCAACAAAGAGAUCCCAGUUAUACUCGGGGAAUGGUGGAAUAGGAAUCCGCUUGAUGUUUUGAGACAAGCAUUGAAGACUGGAGCUGCUCCAAAUAUUUCUGAUGCUUUUCUAGUCAACGGCCAACCUGGCGAUCUUUAUAACUGCUCGAGCAAAGACACGACGAUCAUUCCGGUAUCCUUCGGCGAAACCAAUCUCCUCCGAAUCAUCAAUGCUGCCCUCAACAACGAGCUCUUCUUCACCAUUGCCGGCCACGAGAUGACCGUGGUCGGCGCCGACGCCGCCUACACAAAGCCAUUCACCACCUCGGUGCUCAAGAUAAGCCCUGGCGAGACCACGGACGUCCUCGUCACCACCAACCAGCCUCCUGGCCGCUACUACAUGGCUGCCCGCGCCUACGCCAGUGCGCAAGGCGUCCCCUUCGACAACACCACCACCACCGCCAUCCUCCAAUACAACGGCAACUGCCCGACGACGAGCAAGGCCGGCCAGGCUGCAGGGAUCCCUCCAAUGUUCCCGGCCCUCCCGGCCUUCAACGACACCGCCACGGCCACUGCCUUCGCCGCCGGCAUCAAAAGCCCGCAUCCGGUCAAUCUUCCCGGCCCCGUCGACGUGCACCUCUUCUACACCGUGGGCCUGGGCCUGUUCAACUGCCCCCCCGGGAAGCAAUGCGGUGGACCAAAUAACACCCGGUUCGGAGCCAGCAUGAACAACGUCUCCUUCACCUUCCCACGCCUCGCCAUUCUGCAGGCCUACUACUCCCAACGCAUGCGAGGAGUCUUCACCGCCGACUUUCCCGCAUUCCCACCAACCCAAUUCGACUACACAGCUAAAAACAUCAGCCGCGCCCUCCAGCAACCUGUUCGAGGGACGAAGGUGUAUCCACUGAAGUACGGAUCGGUGGUGCAGCUGGUGCUGCAGGGCACCAACAUCUUCGCCGGCGAGGAGCAUCCCAUGCACAUCCAUGGUUAUCAAUUCUAUAUUCUCGCAGCGGGUUUCGGAAACUUCGAUCCCCAGACGGACGCCGCUAAGUUCAACCUAGUGGAUCCGCCGCUGAGGAACACGGUCGGCGUGCCGGUGAACGGGUGGGCGGUCAUCCGGUUCGCCGCGAACAAUCCGGGGGUGUGGCUGGUGCACUGCCAUCUGGAUGUCCAUUUAACUUGGGGCUUGGCGAUGGCGUUCCUCGUGGAGAAUGGAGUUGGAGAGCUGCAGUCUCUGGAGCCCCCUCCAGCUGACCUCCCCAGGUGCUGAAGAAAAACUUUAACAAAGCCUCUGCUGUAAAACACUUGUCGCUCUUGUAUUGUGUUCCCAUUUCUUCUUCUCGUUUGAUUGCUGUAUUUUAGAGCCCUUAAUUAUGAAAAGGGACGAUUAAUUGGAUCCACAAUUGCCAAUUGCCACGACUAUCUUCAUCUGAA